GUGGCGCCAGUGCUGCCACCGCGGUGUGGCACACGCGUGUUGUUGAGCGCUGCGUGUCGCGGCUGCUGGUGGUGGCGGUGGCGGACAGCAGCGAGCGGGUGCGCAAGGAGGUGCUGGGGGCGCUGGUGGGGACACCGGCACUGGAUGACUACCUGGCACAGGCCGACUGCCUCCGUGCCCUCUUCGUUGGCAUGAACGACGAGAGCUGUGCCGUACGCGCGCUGGCCAUCCGGCUGGUGGGUCGGCUGGCGGACCGCAACCCCGCGCAUGUGAACCCGGCACUGCGGAAGCACCUGAUGCAGCUGCUGCACGACAUGGAGUUCAGCCCGGAUAACAGGGCGAGGGAGGAGAGCGCCUUCCUGCUCGAGGUGCUCAUCACCAGCGCCGCCCGCCUCAUCCUGCCCUACACCUCGCCAAUCCAGAAGGCGCUGGUGGGCAAGCU